AGUCCGGACACUUUCACCCCCUUCCUGUCGGACACUUUCACCCCCUUCCAGUCCCGGGCCACUUUCACCCCCUUCCUGGUCUCUGGACACUUUCACCCCCUUCCAGUCUCGGACUACUUUCCCCCCUUACAGUCCGGACACUUUCUCCCCACUUCCAGUACCGGACACUUUCCCCCCCUUCAAGUCCAGACACUUUCCCGCCCUUCCAGUCCCCGGACACUUUCACCCCCCUUCCCAGUUCCGGACACUUUCCCCCCCUUCCCUUCCAGUCCAGGACCAUCUUUCCCCCCCCUUUCCUGUCCGACACGUUCACGCUGCCACACC